AUGUUCUUCAAGAAAAUUAUAUCAGCGGUACCUACCAAAUCGACGGUCCUCGUCCCCCUUUACAUUUAUCCUUCCCCCGGUGCAUGGGAACGCUUACUUUCAAGGCAAGUCGGGGGCAUCUCCACGUAUCCGGGUAUCAAAUUCAUUGUCGUGGUUAAUCCUCACAAUGGUCCAGGGCAAUCACUUGAUACUAACUACAAAAGAGAGAUUCGAAAAUUGAACUUAUGCCCUAACGUUGAGGUUGUCGGCUAUGUUUCCACUGCAUAUGCAAACAGGCAAUAUUCGAGUGUUCUAGAAGAUGUGAUGAUCUACGCGGGGUGGAGGCUCGAAGAUGAUGGGCUUGGUGUGCGAGGCAUAUUCUUUGACGAAACUCCGAACCAAUGGACGGCAUCAAAUGCUUCAUUCUUGGGGAACAUCAACGCCGCGGUAAAAAGCUGUUCUAAUCUGGGAGCAGAGCCUCUUAUCAUUCACAACCCAGGAACAAUUCCACACUGGAGAUUGAUGUCUGGUUCUUGUUUACCGGAUGUUACUGUAGUAUUCGAGGCAACACACCAGACGUAUCACGAAAGCGGUUGCGAGAAAGCUCUUAAGGAUCUCAACGUGGAUCGGGGACGUUUGGCGUGCGUGAUGCACUCUGUACCAGCUCCUUUGAUGACUACAUAUUCCGACGUAGCAUCUGAGAUUCAAAAGCUGAAGCCAUUUAUGGGGACAUUCUUCAUCACUACCUUUGAGGAGGAUCUGGAACGGGAACCUCAUUUCGUCUCAGCAUCCAUUGCUGCGCCGUGUGUAUUGUAUUGGUAUCUACGUUUUGAACUCAAUUGUCAUGUUUUGAAGUCGGAUUCCGCGGAAGCAGCGAGAGCCAUUGGAACGGCAAUACGGGUUUUAGCAUUUUGCCAAGAUAGUUGA